UGUCAAUACCCAAGUUGCCGACGUGUGAUAACCGGUAACGUAUCAUUCGUCUGCCAUCUUUGGGCGCACAUAGCAACGUGGAAGGAAUAUGAUCCGAAAUCGCCUUCAUUUCCAAUACUCAGCGACAGUUCUAUCUCCACGGCACCGUCUAAAAGAAACGACGUUGAUAUCCUAUCGACUUGCCGACGCUGCACGCUCAUGUGUCCAUUCUGCACAUUCACCCUGGUUGUUCCCUCGUAUCAAAGAAAGCGACCAGUGAUCCGUAAUCUCGUCUGGGUUGUGAUCAUUGCGCGCUUGUCCUUUACAAAUAUUGCUGAUAAGCAGAAGCAUCGGAGGGAUCAUUCAGCGGUCAAUCCUAAAUGGACGAUGACGUACAGGAAUCCGGAGACUCGAUCUCGCCAGCGAAGUCGGCUAGUAUGUCAGGAGCAGAAACCUCAAUACCAGUGUAAACAGUGCGUAAACAACGCAGACGGGACUGCUUCUAAAAAGUGUAUUGCAUGUGUCACGCUCGCGUUCAACGAAAGUUUAUACGGAAAGAGGCGCAUGGCAACUGAUACUUCUGUUCGUCGAGGAAUCGAUGCACUGCAGUGCAGUCAACGUGGAUUGCGAUUCCACUGUCAGUGUGGAAUGCGCACGCGGAAUGGUAAUCGUAUGGCUCAACAUUUCUACUAUUGCAAUAAGGAUUUUGAGGUGAAUUGA